AGGUCAAGAGGAGUUCCACAGCUGAAGACUCAAGAUUCUAGCUUGUUCAGUCUUAUGAACCUAGGCUCAGAACUUCCGUACUUACACGGCCUAGAUACCUCAGCGCAAAUACCUACGUCAGCUACUCUGGACAGCUACGAAAAGCAUCCCAAGUGCUUCUUGGAAUGUACAGUAUGGCUGACAACACAUCGGUCAAUUGCUGCGAGAUCAACCUCACACACCACGCCAUGUGGCCGGUGGCUUUGCCACCGAAACCCUUGGGGGACCCAGCUCCAGUUGGCAGCGUGGAGGUACGCUUUCCGCGCCAGAAGUCCUUGCUGGGGAGCUUUCUGCAGGUCUUCAGUGAGCUUCUCUUUACAUCGUACUUUUUCUUUUGGCCCGUCGGUACCGUGCUUUGGCUCGCCCUGUCUCCGUGGGCCAGCGGGGUGUGUUCAUGGAAGGCUUUGUGGUCCUUUUCCACUCUUUACACCAUACAGCUGUUUGUGUACAGGCCUCAUCUCAAGAAGGGCUGGCCGUAUCGAUGGUUGCUUCAUGGGCCCCUGGUGGAUUUCAUUCUGUCCUAUCAUGAUGCCACCGUGAUCAGGGAAGGACCAGCCCCUGAUCCUAAGGGUAAAUACCUUUUUGCAAUGUAUCCCCAUGGUGUCUAUGGGGUUUGCCGUGCAUUUUCUGGCGGCAUCGGAUGCUGGCAAACCUUGUUCCCAGGCAUCUCUGCGCGUUGGGGCAGCUUCGGUGCAGCUUUCUUCCUGCCAGGCAUUCGUGAGAUGUCACUCUUUUGCGGAUGUCUAGAUGCAUCGAAGCCGACCCUGGAGCGUGCGAUCUCUCGAGGCGAGAAUCUCAUUCUUCUUCCUGGAGGCAUCGAUGAGAUGAAUCUCACAGAUGGCGAGUCAAAGGACACGCAGCUGGUCAUGACGGACCGAAAAGGCUUCGUGAAACUCUCCAUCGAAAAUGGCCUGGACAUUGUGCCAGGGUUCUGCUUUGGUGAAAAGUGGAUUCAUCAUACUAUUCGCCUCCCACACUUCAUUCAGAGCUUGCUCCGACCUUUGAGGAUGAGCGGCACUUUGUUGCGUGGCCGUGGGCUGACCUUGAUGGGCUUCCUGGACCCUCCGUUGGGUUUCGUUUGGGGUCAGCCCAUCAAGGUCAGACAGCAGAAGCCAGUUGACGAGAAGUACCUUGACGAGGUUCAUCAACAAGUUGCUGAGUCUGUCAGCGACAUCUUCAAGCGGUACAAGGAAAAAUUUGGAUAUGCAGAAGACGAAACACUCUCCUUGGUCAGCGCGGCCGAUGCCAAGCGACAGGCGACUUCGAAGAAAAAAUCAUCAUGAGAGGGAGUUCAGAAUCAUUGCUGAUGGGCUUUAUUUUGGUUGAGCGUCUCACCGUUUCACGACUGAUCGGUUGGAAAUGGAGCCCUUUGCAACUUAUGCUGUGUAACUCCAGAAAGACUUUUGCCAAAAAACGGGUGAAUUUUUGAACUUGCAAGAAUACCAUUCCAUGCACUGCUCCACACUGCUGCUGUCCUGAUCAAAGGAAACAACGCUCGAGGUGAGCAG